UGUUGCGCUGCUGGAGGCGGACAUGGCGGGCGUCGCUGAUGCCGCCGCUCCCGGCAGCAGCGGGGACGGGAGGCGAGGCGGCGCCCCGGAGCAGCUGCAGCAGGACGCGGGAAGGGGGGAGCAGAAAAGCAGCUGUUCGAGCGGUGAGUCCUGGCCGCCUGCAGGCGGCUCCGGGCAGCCACCUCAGCGAACCGAAACCCUGGGCUUCUACGAGAGCGACCGGGAGCGGAAAAAAAAGAGAAACGUCUCAGAUCUUUCACUACUGAAGUUCAUCAGUGCUGAACUAACAAGAGGUUACUUCCUUGAACAUAAUGAAGCAAAAUACACAGAACGGCGAGAGAGAGUAUACACAUGUAUGCGAAUACCAAGAGAAUUGGAAAAGUUGAUGUUUUUUGGAAUCUUUUUGUGCCUGGAUGCUUUUCUCUAUGUGUUCACUCUGCUUCCUUUGCGAAUUUUUCUGGCAUUGUUCCGGUUCAUCACUCUGCCUUGCUAUGGCUUACGUGAUAGACGUUUGCUACAACCUGCUCAGGUAUGCGACAUUUUCAAAGGAGUUAUAUUGGUCAUCUGCUACUUCAUGAUGCACUAUGUUGACUACUCUAUGAUGUACCAUCUGAUAAGAGGACAGUCUGUCAUAAAACUCUACAUCAUCUACAACAUGCUGGAGGUGGCCGAUCGCCUGUUUUCCUCUUUUGGGCAAGAUAUUUUGGAUGCCCUUUAUUGGACAGCUACUGAACCUAAGGAGAGAAAAAGAGCUCAUAUAGGUGUGAUUCCUCACUUUUUCAUGGCAGUGCUGUAUGUCUUCUUGCAUGCUAUUCUUAUAAUGGUCCAAGCAACAACACUUAAUGUAGCCUUCAACUCCCACAACAAGUCACUGCUUACCAUCAUGAUGUCUAAUAAUUUCGUUGAAAUAAAAGGAAGUGUUUUCAAGAAGUUUGAGAAGAACAAUCUUUUUCAAAUGUCAAACAGUGAUAUAAAGGAGAGAUUCACCAACUAUGUGCUAUUAUUGAUAGUAUGUCUAAGAAAUAUGGAACAGUUCUCAUGGAAUCCAGAUCACCUUUGGGUGUUGUUUCCAGAUGUUUGCAUGGUCAUUGCAUCGAAAUUGCAGUGAUAUUUGUGAAACCAUGCAUUUAAACAACAAUUCAAUGACAUUACAGCAGAUGUCUACAGUGAGUACAGAGCCAGCCUGGCAUUUGACCUUGUUAGCAGUCGACAGAAAAAUGCAUACACAGAUUACAGCGAUUCUGUUUCCAGGAGAAUGGGUUUUAUUCCUCUCCCAUUGGCUGUUUUACUCAUCAGAGUCGUAACAAGCUCAAUAAAAGUACAAGGAGUCUUGGCUUAUGCCUGUGUUGUGCUCUUCUAUUGUGGGUUAAUUUCACUAAAAGUACUUAACAGCAUUGUGUUGUUGGGCAAGUCAUGCCAAUAUGUAAAGGAGGCAAAAAUGGAAGAGAAGUUGUUCAAUCCUCCCCCUACUAGCACCCCAGGCAAACCACUCAGCAAACCUCAAAGCAAAUUUAAAUCUCCUCAAGGAAUUCCCACAGAUGAAAGUUUCUCUGCAUCAGUUACCAAUCAGCCUGUGCAUCAGAAGGAAAAUCCUACAUCUUUACUUGUGACAAGCAACUCUGAUCAAUUCCUGACGACUCCUGAUGGAGAAGAUAAAGAUAUAAGCCAAGACAAUUCAGAAUUAAAACACAGAUCUUCAAAGAAAGAUUUGUUGGAGAUAGACAGGUUUACUAUUUGUGGAAACAGAAUUGACUAAGUUUUCUGAAUAGAUGUGCUUAGGAUACUGAGCUAUUGGGACAGCAAAUGCUACCAGAAUGGACAGUUGCCAAAAAAAGGCACUUAAAUAUUUAUUUAAAAACUUAAAUUAUUAAUGGCAAACAAAUAUUAAUUUUUACAAGUAACUAGGCUUGGUAGCUGGUCAGAUCAAGUAACAGAAAUCUUUAACUGGGCUCUUUGGAAAAUAUAAUGGAUUGUGAGAGUCUCUUGUCUAUUUGGCAGAGCUACAGUAUCGCUGCCUUGGAAAUAGACUGAAAAAAUCAAAAUGCUGUUCUGCUUUUUGAAACCAUGCUUCCAGAACAUACCAUUUUUCAUCAGGGUCUCUCCAGUACAUGGAUAUACCUGGGAAUAUGUGACAACUUUAAUAGGAAGCUCAUCUUUCCAGUCUCAUGUUGUUUUCAUAAACAGCUGCAGAUUUCAAAACUUGUACUUAUCAGCGAACACAUAAAAAAGCACUGGUAGAUUAAACAGUAAGUCAAGAUAAUUAUUCUUGUCACCAGAAAAAUCUUUGAAGAUGUAUCAGAACUGAUCAGAAUAAAAUAUUACAGUAUCUUAAAUGAAAGACCCACUGCAUAGUAUUUUAUCUAAAAUCUAAACCAGCGAGGGAAAUGGAUCACAAGUACAAAGAAAUACAGUAAAGGUUCCGCAUAACUGGGCAAACUCAGCUUGAUCAUUAUUGUGUUCAAUUACAAUGUGUUCUGCAAGGCAAACUAUAUAUAUUUAUAAAUUCUAUAUGAAAGGCUUUUUUUAAAAAAAGCUGUGGCUUGUUUUUUGCAAUGGGAAGCAUUUAUUACAAAGGGACACUUCUUUAUAUUGAGAAGGGUAGUGUGAACUGCAGCCAGCAACACCAGUGUUGCAUUAAUUCCAGAUAUUUCCAAUGCAAUGGAAGAAAUAAUUACUCACUACAUUUUGGUUUAAACAAGUUGAUAAAAAUGGCAUCUGUAUAUUAACUUAGCUGGAAAAAUUGCCCAUAGAAUAGUUAUACAGAAAAUCAGAAGUGUCCAUUUUAACUGAUGGAUUUUAAGCAAACUUAAGUAGAUAUGAAUAGCUAUAUUAUGAAACGCUUGGUUUUAUGAAGUGUAAUGCAUCUUAAUUUCUGGUGUGUGAGACAAGGUUGGGGGAAUUGAUGAAAGGCAUGUUGAAUCCCUCAAGAACGAACUGCAUUUCAGCUCAAUAACUAGGCUAGAGAACUGAAUCAAAAGACAAUCUUUCAUCCAGUGAUGAAUCCUACAUUUGCAGUUAAAAUGUAACAUUAACCUCUAUUUUCAAAAACCUUUCAAAAGAUUUAGGUUGAUGUCUGCUAAGUUAUUUCCCUUGGAAUUUUAUUUUGUUUUUUUGAUAUGAUACAGGUAUUUCAGUGAUGAGCAAACCACAGGAUUUCUUUUAUUAACUAAUCUGUAAUCUAUUGGAGUUGAAAAGCCAAAGUUUAAUGUUUGAUUUAUGAAUAUGAAAUGUGGAAGAAUACAUGCUAAUUCCUAAAAUCUGCAAAGUUGUAUUAAUAUGACAGAACAGAGAAAUGUACAGAAAUAAUGUUAUGAAACAGGUCAGAAUGUGAAGUUGUCAUGAAAAAUGGUUUUACCAUAGAAGUCAACAUCAUCUGCUCUAAAAGGAGCCUCUUGCUGCCUCUUCUCCUCCUCCACCAACUGCAGCUGCAGUAGUGUCCAGAAUCAAUUGAAAUGGUUGGGGGCGAGGGAGAGAGAAGAGUCUAAAAUGCUUUUAUUUUGAGUGUAUUUUGUGCUCAUUGAGAAAUUUACACAUUCAAAUUCAAUUCAGAUCAUCUGUGAAUUUUUCAAUUAUUUAGCCGUUGCUAAAGGAAGCUUAGAAUGAUUUUCAUCUGUUAAAUGACAUUCUGUACCAAUUUUAUAAGUGCAUCUUGCGUGAAACUCAAUAAAAUUCAAUUUCAUAAUCUUUGUUUUAAAAAAGGAAAAGAAUGGACUGGAUUUCUUUGCAACAGUUGUCAAUUUUGAAUACUGCAGUGUGACUUCUGCAUAUUCUGGUUUCACAAUGAAGAACUUAUUUUUUGCAAGCACAGGAAAAGCAUCCUACAUUAGACCUGGUUUUAAUACUGGUUUUGUUCUUGUGUAUUCAUCACUAUGUCAAACCCACAGUCAGCCUACUGUUAAUCUGAAUUCUAAUUGUUUAGAGACAGAAUCAAAUUGAAAUCCAGUCCAUUUUUUUUUAAAGUAGGGUAUUUUUGUUUCAGUAGCCCUUGUAUCAUCCUGUUAAUUUGUGUGGUUUUACAGCCUGUGUUCCUAUUCUUAGUGUCUUUCUUCCCAUACUGUCAGAGAGACCUACACAAACAAUGGGAACUGACUAUACAAAGUAUUGUCAAAUGCAAAAGUAAAAAAAAAAAAAAAAAAGCCCAACUCUUCAUGAUAGAAAAGUUAGUUGCAGAUUUUUUUUAAAAAAAACUUCCUAUAGAAAUGUGAUUUGUAAAUAUGAGACUAUUUAAAAUGCAACCUAUUAAAUAUAUUGUAUUUCCAUUUA